CUCAUGACAAUUUUUGUUUCAUACCUUUAUGAGUUUUUUUUUAGUAUUUUUAUUAUUAAUCUUUAUAUAUUCUGGUUUAUUUCUAAAACAUCUAAUAUUUAGUUUUUAAUCUAAUAAAUAUCUAACCUAUAUUAUGUGAAAGCUUUUAUUAUACAUUUUAAAUAAUUCAAUAGCAGUGAUAAAACAUUGGAAAUAAUGGAGGUAGAAAAUGACAGUAUUAAAUCGGGUAAGAAAUUAUUAUAUGUUAUACUAUUUCAAUAACUCAACAUACAUUCAACAAAUUAUUUUUUUUAAUUUUUAAUAUGUAAUUUGUACAUUUUCAAUUGAUUAAGUUCUUUAUUAUUAUUUUUAGAGUUAUUCUUUUUGAUCGCUAAGUUUCUGAAGGAUAGUCAAUUUAAAAAUGCGUUUGAAGUAAGCUAUUAUUUCAAUUAUUAAAUUAAACUAGUUUAAAUAUGUAUACAGUAAAUUGUGUUGAUAUUGAUUUUGAGGAGUUUUAAAUGCAUAUUGUUUAUUCAUUCUUUUGUUUUUAUUAUUAUUUUUAGGCACUGAAAUCUGAUUUAAAUGAAUCAAAUGUAAGACAUAUAUUUAUUUUAAUAAAAAAAAUUAAAAAGUUUUACUGUGAAAAUUUACUUAUUUUUAGAUUUUACCUACACGAAUUGAUUUUUUGGGACAAGAUAAUCAGCAAACAUUUGAUGAAAUGGUAUAAUUAGCAUUUUUCAUUACAUUAUAAUAAUAACUUUUUAUUAUAUAUAAUUUGUUAUAUCCAUUAGUAUAGAUUUUAAAGAAAAAUCCAUUGAGUUUGUUUUAAUAUGGGAGGGAAUCUUGAGAUUUUUAAAUAUAAUAGAUAUGUACCAAAUUACUUAGUUUGAAUAAUAAUAAUAUACUUACAUGAAAUUAAAAUAUUUAAAUCUAUUUUAAAAAAAUAUGAUUACACCAAGUAUACUGCCUCCUUGAAUCAAAAUAUUUAUUUAUACAAGCUUUACAGUUAUAACAGUUUUAUAGAAUUCUAAAGAGGGUUUUGAAUUUAAAUUUGUAAAUGUAACUAAAAGUAUAAGUAUUAUAAAAUGUUAAUAAAAUAUCAUCUAAACUUUACAAUAAACCAAACAGAUGUCAUACAUAGUUGUUUUUAAUUGAUUGUUGGCCUUAUUUACUAACUAAGAUUUUGGAUAUUUUUAGUUAAAUUUUUAAAAGUUAAAUUUUCAUGGAUAUCAUUUAUUAUUAAUGAUUAAGUAAAAUAAUUAAUUUAAUUCCUUUUUUCUUUUAUGUAAAUUUGUUGAAAAUUGGGUACUUUUUAGAUAUCUCGACUACCUAUUUUUUCUGCUGUUACCUACUCUAUGUGGUUUUACUAAUAAAUCGGAGUUUAUUUUUGAUUAAACUUUCAACAUGUUAUGUAAACUUACCCUAAAAUUAGUAAGCAUAGUGUAGUGAUCCAUACUUUGAGCCCACAAACUUCCAUCUGUCAAAAAUAUUGUUAAGUAGAAGGCUAUGUACAGGUAGUCAAGAUAACUGAAUAGUACCAACAAUUUUAAUAUAAUUAUUAAUCCAUCCAUUAUUUUAUUUUAAAAAUAUAUAAACUUAUUUUAAUAAUUUAUAGGAAAGGAAAUAUGAUCAUAUUAGAUCAGAUCAUUUACUAGAAAUUUGUAAACGUAUCCGAUUAUUGAGCAACUAUGAAAAAUCUCCUGUUCCAGUUGUUUUUUCAUUACUCGGAAAAGGAAGCUUUUCACUUGUUAAUACCCAAAGUAUAUUAAAAUUUUGGUUUUAUACAUUUUAUUAUUAGAAAUUUUACUUAUUAAAAAUAAUUUAUUGGUUUUAGAAAAACGCAAAUACUUAUCACUUUCUGAUUGUAUUACACGUCAACAUAAUGCCUUGCCAUUACCUCCUACUCAUAUACGAGGUCAUAAUAUUGGUAAUUAUUAAAUACCUACUAUUCAUACAUCAAUUGCAUAACAGAAUUUAUAAUGUAUUUUUUUAGUCAAAAUGCUUAUUGGUCGUGAAACUUCUGGUUCAGUUGAUAAAAGAUAUUUACUUCCUGUAUCAAAGUUUUCAAAUGCAGAAUUUCAUGGACGGGUUCUUGGACAUUUAACCGCUGUUUACUGUGUCUGUUUUGAUACAUCUGGCCGAUUUAUAGCUACAGUAUGUUAUAUAUAGAUCAAAAUCUAAUAUUGUUUAAUUUUAUCUAUCAUGAUCAUUAAUUUUAGGGAGCUGAUGAUUACUUAGUUAAAUUAUGGGAAGCAAAUACUGGACGUCUCUUAUCAACUUUAAGAGGCGCCAGUGCUGAAAUAACAGAUAUAGCAAUUAACACUCAAGCCACUUUAAUUGCAGCAGGAAGCAUGGACAAAGUAUUGAGAGUCUGGUGUCUCCAAACAUCUAGACCAGUAAGUUUGAAACAAUAAUUAUUAUAAUACAGUACUACUUUGGGACCGAGAUGAAACUUUUCAAUUAAUUGGUUUUAAUAUAUGACGGUUCCGUCACUAUACAUUUUGUUUCAAUAACACGAUCAUAUUAAUUAUCUGUGUUAUUAAUAGGUGGCUUCUACUAUGUAUCCAAAAAGGGCAAGCAUAAUAUUUCAACCACUUAAUGAAAGUGGAUAUAAGAGCCCCUUGACACUCUUUAUUAUUUAAUAUUAUAUUAAUAUUUCAAUAUUUCAAGCUCUUAACCCUGGUGCUCUUUAUUAAAUAAAUAAAAAUGUACAUAUUGAAAUGCAAUAUAUACUGCACUAAGUUAAUAAUUGCAUAACAUAAUAAAUGUAUAAACAUUUUGUAGAAUUUAAAUUUGACUUCACAAUUUUUUAUUUAGAUUGCUCAUGUUGUAGCACACGCCAGUAUGAUAGUAACUGUAAAUUUUUGUCCACAAACAUUUAGUGGACUUGGUUAUAUAGCUUCUACUAGUACUGAUGGUUCUGUUGUAUUCUGGCCAUUUAGAUCUAGCAAUGGAAAUACAACUUUUGAGUGAGUGUUUUGGUUAUUUUAUUUAUUUAUUUUUAUUAUCUUAUUAAAUAAUAUAUUAAAAUGUUGUUUAUGAUUUUAUAGACCUAAUUUAACAGUUUAUAAUGAACGUAUGCGCCCUGGGAGUGCCAAAAUACUUUGUGGUGCUUUUUCAGCUGGUGGUGUUAUGUUCGCCACUGGUAGUGCUGAUCACAAUGUUAGAGUAUACAAAAUGACACCUCCAACACCAGAUGCGUCGUCUCCAGUACGCUUAAUGGAAGUUGAAGCUCAUUCUGACACUGUCGAUUCAAUACAAUGGGCUCAUAGUGGUUUACGAUUUAGUUCUGGCUCUAAAGAUGGUACAGCUUUAAUUUGGUCUUAUAAAAAUCAAGAAUGGAAAUUCAAAACAUUGCAUAUGACAACAAAAUUGAAAAAAAAGUAAGUUCAUUAAAGUUAAAAAGUAAUAAUAUAUUUUAAAAAUAAAAAAAUUAAUUCAAAAUGUUUAGUCUUGGCGAAAAGAAAUCUGAUGAAGAACUUAAACAGAUUAAACCAUCUGUAACAUAUUUAUGUUGGGAUCAAAGUGAUCGUUGGAUUUUAACUGCAUGUACAGAUAUGACUAUAAAAGUUUGGGAUUCUUAUACUACUGAACUCUUACAAGUUAUGAUUGGACAUAAAAAAGAAGUAUAUGUUUUAGAAUCUCAUCCAUUUCAUUCUAAGGUUUGUAUAAUUUCCUUUUAUUAUAUUAUGUUUUUACGUUUAAUUUUUUAUUGAAUAUAAUUAUUAAUUAUACUACAUAUUGAAGGUAACUUGAUGGUAAAUAUAAAAAAAAUGUUUGAAGUUUUAGAAGUUUUAUCUUACAAGAUUCAAUAUCCACCACCUGAUUACUAUUAAUUUUUACUCAUUUAUAUAAAGUAAUUUAUAAUACUUCUUCCCGAAGUAUUUGCUCUAUAAAUAAUUAGUAGUCCUCUGCUAUUAUGUAAAAUUAAUAACUGAAUUUGAUAUUUGCAGUUGGUCUUAGGCAUACUGUAGCUUCAUUUUAUCCACAAUCAUCCUUAACUUAUAUAAUUCAUAUUUCUCUUUGGAAAACUAAUUGUAUUAACAUGUAGUAGAUAUAUAUAAUUUGUAAUUUGUUACACAUUCAAAAUAUUGUUUUAAGAUUUUGUUGAGUGCUGGUCAUGAUGGCAAAAUAUUUUUAUGGAAUAUUAUAACUGGAGAAGUUUUGGUGUCAUUUCAAAAUUCAAUUGAAGGUCAAGGGUUUGCUGCAUUAUUUGAUGCUAAAUGGUCACCAGACGGAACAAUGUUUGCAGUGACUGAUUCACAAGGUCAUUUAUUAACUUAUGGAUUAGGAAUACCCCCACCUCGUAGAAAAGUAUAUUCUGUCAAAAUUAAAUAACAGUUAUUAUUUUAUUAAUUGUUAAUAUUUUUUAGGUCCCAUAUGAAGUAUUUUUUCACACUGAUUAUCGACCAUUGUUAAGAGCAGCAGAUCAUUCAGUUUUAGAUGAGCAAACCAAUAUGGAUCCACAUUUAAUGCCUCCUCCAUUUUUAGUUGACUCAGAUGGAUCACCUUAUCCACCAGAAAUUCAAAGAUUAGUUCCCGGAAAAGAAAAUGAAGGACUUUUACAAUUAGUAGCAGAUGUAAUAAUCAAUGAAUUGGGUAGGUACCAUAAAUUAUACAUUUUUAUUUUAUUUUUAUCAUUAAUCUUAAUUUUUUUCUGUGUUCUAAAUUUUUUUAAAACUAUUUAUAUUAGGUCGAACUGAAGUUAUUGGAAUUAGAGGAACGGCUAAUAUGAACACAGUUGAACAUUUAUCUAACAAUUCACCAAACCAGUCAAGUAUGUAAAAUAUUUUUAAUUUACAUAAUAUUUAUUUGUAAUAUGUAUACAUAUGUAUUGUAGGAGUUAUAAGUUUACAUCCAUCAGUUGAACAAAGUGGUAGUUCAUUUUCAUUUGAAAAUCGACCAAGAAUUAUUUGUAAACCAUUGACACCAUCAAUAAUGGAUCAAAUUCAAAAUCGAAUGUAUGUUUUUAUCAAAUUUUUUAACUUAAUUUCUAUGUCUGAGAGGUUUCAAUGUAGAAUAAAGAACAAGAAAAACAAAUAUGCAUAGUUAAUUUCAAAUUUUAUAAAUUGUAUUCUGAUUUUGCACUUAAAUAUUAUUCUAUAACAAUGAUGGCUUUGAAAAUUUUUUUUUCUUUUAGUUUACAUAUUUAACAUUAAAAUUAUUUUAAGGGCUGUUUCUAGUUUACUCAAAUUACAGAUACAUAGAACGAUAGCAUAUAUGUAUUUAACCUGCAUAACUCUUUAUUUUAACCAAUUUGCUUUUUCAAAAGCUGUCCAUUGGUUGGUGUAUUUUACUAAUAAUUUAAAUAAAUAAAUAACUGUUAAAACAUUUUAUUUUUAGUAAAAUGUUGGAAACCAUGGAAGAAGAAGAGUUUACUAUAGAAAGUGAAAAACCAAUAAUAGUCGAUGAAAAGCCACAAGUUCUAUCUAUUAAACCAAGAAAAAGACCACAAGCAAAACAUUCAUAUAGUACUAGAGCAACUAUUGUUGAAAAUGAUCUACAGGUUUGAAAAAAAUUUAUUUAAUUAAGUUAAAAAAAAUUUGAAGUAAACUUAAUUAUUAAUAUUAUAAUAUAAUUUUAAAUUGUAUUUCAGGAAAAUAGAUCAUCAUCUAAUUCAGAUGAAUCUGAAUCUGAAGAUGCUGAUUACACUGAUGGAAUUGAUUCAGAUGGAAAAUCAUCGUCAGAUACUGAUUCUGGUACUAGUUCUGAAUAUUCUGAUUGGGUAGCCGAUAGUGGUACAAACCUUGAACCGCCCAAACGUACUCAACAUCGAAGACGGCGUGUUAAGAGACCAACUACUCCACCUUCAUCUCCAUCACCACCAUCUUCUCCCCAAGAAGGGCCUAAAACUGUACCUCCUAGAAAAGUUAAAAAAGUAAACAUUUUUCAGUGAUACAAUUCCAUUUUUUCAAAUUUAUCUAUCUUUAGUUUAUGGAAUUUAUUAUUAUUAUUAUUAUUAGGACGUUCCAGAAAUAUAUAGACCUUCCGAAUGGUUUUCAGAAGUUUUACCAAAAAAGUCGCCCUAUUGUCCCCAAAUGGGUGAUAUUUUAAUGUUCUUUGAACAAGGUUAUAAUUUGUAUUUAGAAGCAGUAGAAACUAAGAAGGUUUACAAAUUGAGAAAAUCACAAUGUGCUCCAUGGGGAGAAUUAGAACUUAAAGUAAGAACUUCCAAGUUGUGUAAGUUUAAUAUUAAAUAUUAAUAGUAAAUCAAUAAUAAGGAACCACAAAUGGUAAAAGUAAUUGGAAUAAAGUAUGAAAUUAGACCACCUCGUUUAUGUGGUCUACGUUUAGCGGUACUAAAAGAAAAUGGAGAUCAUACUUCAUUUAGUUUUGAUCUUAAAUAUCAUGAUAUGCAAGAUGUAAUUGACUUUUUAGUUCUACGGCAAACAUACGAAGCGGGGUUAGCUAGAAAAUGGAAAGAAGGUAUGAUUAUUUUUUUUUAUUUCACAUUAAAGUAAUUAAAUUAAACUUUUUUCUGAUUUACUCAAGGUCAGCGAUUCCGAAGUAUGAUAGAUAAUGCGUGGUGGUGUGGUAAAAUAGUUGAACAAAAUUCUUCUAGGUCACCAUUUUUGUGUUAUAAAGUUCUUUGGGAUAAUGAUGAAAAUGAAAAUUUAAGUCCUUGGGAUAUGGAACCUGUAAACCCUAAAAGUAUGUAGGUUUAUUUAUUCCCACACAAUUUUGUGUGUUACAUGGUAUUUAUCACAGUGUUUAUUUAUUAUAUAAUUAUAUAUAUAUAUAUAUAUAUUUAUUUAUUUAUUAUGUAAUUAUAAGGAGAACCACUUAAUGGAAUGUCAUUACCAGUAACUACUAAGGAAAUGAAAGAUAUAUUAUAUCAACCAGAAUCUGGUAAUAAAGAAUGGCCAAGUGGGUCUCGUGAUUUAAUUUGUGAUCGUAUAUUAAGAGGAUUGCAUGAUCUUAUGGGGAUGUCACUUGCUGAACCAUUUCUAGCUCCAGUUGAUAUACAAGAAUAUCCAUCUUAUGCAUAUAUUGUGGAGUAUCCUAUUGAUCUAUCAAUCAUAAAAGUGAAAUAAUUAAUUAUAUUUAGAAAAAAGAAAAAUUAUUUUUUAUUUUACCAAAAAAAUUUUGUUUAGGCAAGAUUAGAAAAUCGUUUUUACAGACGUCUGGCAGCAGUACAAUUUGAUGCAAGAUACAUUGCAAGCAAUGCUGAAAAAUUUAAUGAAGAAGGUAGUGACAUUGUGAUAAGUGCUCGAGUAAUUACUGAAAUAUUAUUGACAAUUAUUAAGUAAGUUAUACAGAUAUUUUUAAUAUUUUUUUAUUUUAAAUUUACAGUUCUAAAUACAUAGUUUGAAAAAAAGUUAUCUAAUAAUCAAAUAAACAUAUUACUUAUUACAAAUCCUUUUCAAUUUUUACUACAUGUUAGUAACUUUGUUUUUAAUUGAUUAUAUAGUUCAUUUUUUUAACUAACUUAAAAUGGGUGUCAAAUCUAAUGAGCAAUAUAAAAAAAAUGUGUUUUCAUACUUUCAAUAGUACCCAGGAUUUGAAACAAAAUUUAUUUGACCAGAUUAAAAAUGAAAAAAUUCACUAUGUUUUUUCAAAGAUUGAAUUUUUGAUAUUUAUUUCCCAGAUACUAUUUGUAUUUCGGACUCAAAAACAAAACAAAAAUAAAUUUUUUUAUUAUUUUUGCAUCUUAAUAAUGUAAUACAUGUAAUGAAUAAAAACAAUUUUUAAAAAAUUCCCUUGUGAAAGCUUAGUUUCUGUCAAACUGAUUCACAGGUACAAUUGACAAUAUUUUGAUAAUAUUGUUAUAGUUUUAUAACAAAUUCAAAUCAGUUUGUUUACAAGAUCUAGUUUGUGAAUGUAAAUUUUUAUUACAUAUUGUACUAAUCACUUGGAUGUAUACAUAAAUUGAAUGAAAAAAUUGCAAUUUUUUUUUCUAUUAUAUUAUCUAUAAAAUAGUUUUUUUAAUAAUUUUAAAUAUAUAAAGUCAAACAUUUAUCCAAGUGGCUUUUAAGGUUGUAAAGUAUAAAACGAACUAAGUGAUAUUUAUGUUACUUUCUUUGUUUAAUAUCUUGUUCAAUUAUUUUCCUAUAUAUCUUAUAUUUGUCAUUAAUAAUUAGUUUUAAAUUAAUAGAAAUUAAGUAAUCAAAAUAUAUUUUGAAUUAUUUGUCUAAAACCAAUUAUUUAUUUAUAGAUCUCCUACACCAAUAGAAGUUCCAUCACUAUGUCGCCAAUUACAGCAAACUUACAAAAAUAAUGAAAGAGAAGGGAAAAAAAGUGUACCAUCUGAAAAGAGAUUACAUAAAUUAAGACCUGGAUCAUUAAGAGACAGAAGUCAAUUAUUUAAUUGGAAAUUGGAAUGUAAAAAAUUUUUACAAAUGUUGUGGUUAUCAAAAGACAGUACUCCUUUCAGGUAAAACAAUAUAAGUGUAUUUUUGCUGAAGUACCAAAUGUAUAUGGUUUGCUUAUAGCUAGAGUUGUUACGGGCAUUAAAUUUGACUCAAGUACCGGAUAUCGAAUAGUUUUAGAAUUUUUUAUUCGGGUAUUAAAAAAAAAGAAAUAUUAAAUGGCCAACACGGUCAGUGUAGUAAAGUGAAUUCCAUGUGACAAGUGUUUUGCUAUCUUAUCUUCACAAGUGCAGAAAAAUGUAUCACUUAAUUAAUCCCUUAGGAAUAAUAGGCUUUUAAAUGCAUUAUAAAUUGGUACAAGUUUAAUAUAAUCAGCAAGUAUUUUGUAAUAUUUAAAAAUUAUCUGAGUAUACUUGACUAAGUAACUAAUAAAUAUUUUAUGUUGCAUACUUAAUUAUAAUUAUAAAACUUGUCAAUUUAUAUUGUAUUUAAUUCAGUUUAGUAAAUAUAAUGUUUAUUAAUUAUUUGUAUUCUAUGUUAUACUUUUGAUGGGGAGGUAAAAUUAAUCUAAAUAAUUUAAAUUAUAUGGAAAUUUAAAAACUUUUCUGCAUUAACAAUUAUUUUAUUAAAUGUACUGAAAUUUGAACAUUUUAGUAUUUUACUAAUUAACUAUACACUUGUUGUUUAGUACUUCAGAUUAACUAAGGGAGCCAUAUGAAUUUUAAUACAAUUUAUAUUUUAGAGAACCAAUUGAUUAUAAUGCAUACCCAGAUUAUGGACGAGUAGUCAAUACGCCUAUGGAUUUAACAUCGAUUCGGGAAGAUUUACGUGGAGAUAAUUAUAAUACACCAGAAGAAUUCUGUGAAGAUGUAAGACGAGUUUUUAAUAACGCAAAGAUUUACUCUGAAGUUCAUCCAGAUAAAAAGGUAUUUAUUUUUUCAUCAACAAUAGUCGACAAUUGUAAAUCUAGAAUUUUUAUGAUAAUCUAAAUAAGUUGAGAUUAGUAAUUUUGUAAUUAUGAAUUUAAACUUGUAAUAUUUAUAAGUCCUAAUAUAAAUUAAUAUUAUUUAAUAUGUAUUUAUUUAUUUCCAUCCAUUUUUUUGUUAAUAGUUUAUAGAUAAUAUUAUUUACAUUUUUUGUGUUUCUUAGUUUCUUAAGAAAACUAUUGUUGUUUAGGAAUUUCAUACUCUUCCAUCAUCAAUAGUAAAAUUUGAUUUGAUAUUCAUUCUAAACUUAAAUUAGACAAAUGUUUGAAUUAAAAAUAUUUCUUGUAUGUAUAAUAAUUGGUUUGAAUCAAAGCAAAAACUUAAUAUAUUUGUAUUUUGAAUGAUAAUCAUUAUCAUACAUUAUAUAAAUUAUAACCUAAUGCCCAUAACAGUAUAGAGAGCAUAAAAUUAACCAAAUUUACAGAAUACCAUUUCCUAUUUAUUUUGGUCUAUGGGUAUUUAUAUGUACAGUAUUUGGUAUGAGAAAAUAUCUACUUGUAGUAUCUAAUAAAAUAUAAUUUUUAUGUUUAAUUUAUUAUAAAGUUAUUAUUUGUUUUUAAAGCUGGAACUAAUGACCCGAAAGAUGAUUAAUUUAUCAGAAGAAAACAUAUCUCAAAUACUCCAUAGUUGGACGAGAUCUUUAAGACGUCCUACUUGUAAGUUAAUUUUAAACUUAAUCAAUAAUUGUUUUAAUAACAAUAAAUUUAUAAUCAAUUCUUAAAAACAAUUUUCUUUUAAUAGCUAUAGUUAGCCAUUUAAGUUCACGUCCACAAAGAAGAUGCCGUUUAAAAAGACAAAGAGAUAUGGACAAUAGUCAAAGUGAAGAUGAUAGUGAUGCUGAUUUUAAUUUAAGAUCCAAAAAGCCACGUAGGUCAAGGACCAUUAUUAAUGAAGUAACAACAGAAGAAUCAUCAGAUGAAGAAGAAAUAAAGUUUGAUCCUAACCAACCUUCAACUAGUUUUGCACAUAGUAAGUUAUUGUUAGAAAAUUUAUUUUAAAUUAUUUAUUUUAAUUAAAUAUUUUAGAUGAAAGAAAUGGAUCAAAGCGUAUUAAAAGAAAGAAAUCUAUUAACAUGCCAUCAACGAGUGUUGAAAUAAAAGAAGAAGUUCAAAGUAAUGAUGAAACACCACUUCGACGUCAUUCAUCAAGAAUUUGUAAACCUACUUAUCGUUUACAAGACAAUUAUGAUGAUAGUGAAGAUGACGAUAAUGCUAUUGAAUCUCAACGGCCAAAGAGAUUAGUUAAACAACCAUCUCAAGAUUAUGAUAAUGACAGUGAUGAUGAAGUUUUGCCCACGAAACCUUCUCGCAGUAGAAGAUUUCCAAUGCGUGAAGAAAGAUAUGAAGUACCGCCUAUUACUAGUAGAAAUCAAGCUUCCCGAUUUUAUGAUGGAGAAGAAGAACAACCAACUAGAGUAAAAAAAACUCGAUCGAGAUUUUUAAAAAAUGAAGAAACCGAUCAAAGAGGCGCUAGAAAUUUAAGAAAGAAAAAACGUUGGAAUUAUGCAAAAAUGUUAGAUGUAUCUGGUAUAAGUAGUGAAGAAGGUGCUGACGACUGGAUACCUACAGAAAAGUUUACUAAAAAAGAUGCCCGCCAUAAAAGUCGAGAUCUAAGGAAAACAAAAAAAAGAAAUUAUUCUGAAGAUAGUGAUCACAGUUGCAAUGACAAUAGUGACAAAAAUGAUGAUGGUGAUGAUGAUGAUGAUGAUGAUGAUGAUGAUGAUAAUGAUGAAGAAAAUAGUGUUAAUAUAAGAGUAUCUGUUAGUAGUCGAGGGCGAAUUAGAAAAUUAACUGCAGAAGCCAAAGCUCAUUUAUUUCGAAGAUAAUGAUAAAAAUAUUUAACCUCAAAAAUGAUUGACAUAAAAUAUUGUUUAUCAUAUAAAAUAAAUAUUAUAUAUAAAAUUAUUUUUCAAGACUAACCAUCAAAAUAAUUUGUUUUAUAUUUAUAUAUAUAUAUAUAUAUACAUAAUAUUAAUUCAUACUUGUAAUAAUUAAUUUUAUUUUUGUAAAAUAUUAAUAUUUUAAUAUUUUAAUUUAGUUAAUUUUGUUUUAGUAAUCAUGACAUGCCUGUUAUAUUUAAAAAUGUUUUAAUUCAAGGGAAAUUUAUAAUACUGCUUAUUAACUGGUGGUUAAUAUUUCUGUUGGUUUUUAACAAUUAAUUAUAUUAUUGAAAAAAUUUUACAUUGAUUAAUAGUUUUAAAAGUAUAUUUGUAUAGGUAUAAUAUAUAUACAUUUUUUUUUUUAAUAUUCAAUUUUUUAACUUAUUUAGAAUUAUUUUUAUUUAAUAUUAAUAUAUGAUUUAAUUUAUGUCAAAUAUAUAAUAAUAUUAUAUGUAUAAUCAAUAGUGUAAUGUAGUGUUGGAUGAACUUGACACAAUUGAAGGGUUCCAUGCAUCAAGCAGACAAGUCCACUUUUUGAAAUUGUUCAGAAGAAAACAAAUUAUUUUAAAUAUCUCUAAUUUUUUUUACAUAAAGUGUUCAUUUAGACAAAUCCAUUUGGUCUAUAUCUCUAAAUCUAUAAAUUAUACUUAUAUUGUUCUUGCACGUAACUAGAAAAGGAAAAAGUAUAUUUAAAAUGACGAAACACUGAUUUUCUGAAAAAUGGGACUUGUUUUGCACAGAGCUCUUCAAUUAGUGAAAAAAUUAAUUAUUAAAGAUUCAUGUAAUUUUUUUAAUACUGAAAAUAUCAAUUCAGUAUUUGUUUCUUUGUUUCCUCGUUGCUCAGCGUUUAUAUUAAAUUAGCUGCUUAUAACAUAAUUACUAAUAAAAAUCAAUAAGAACAUUGAUCAAUAUCUAUACAAAUUAAAUAAUAUAUUGUCUAAUUGUAUUGAAUUACAAAUUUAAGCAAUUUGUAAAUUAGUUUUUUAGUGUAAUGAUUCAUACUGGGUAUUGUUAUUGUGUUUUUUUUUAGUUAAGUUAUAUUCACG